GUCAGGCCCUCGCGCGCCGCCAUGGAGUCGCUCUCGCAGCAACUGGAGCGCUUCUCCGAGGUGCUGGCCGUCUCCCGCACCGCCCACGUCCGCAGCUGGGACCCCGCGACCGUGCGCCGGGCCCUGCAGUGGGCUCGCUACCUGCGCCACGUCUACAGGCGCUUUGGCCGUCAUGCCGGCAUCCGCUCGGCCCUGGAGCGGCGGCUGCAGGACCGGUGGAGGCGGGAGGACGGCUCCGGGCCCGCCGCCUUCUCGGGGCUGACGAACUUCCGGGCCUUGGGGCGCUGCGACCUCCUGCUGUCUCAGUGCCUGCUAGGGAACCGGGCCCUCGGGGAUGCCGCCUUUCGCUGCCUGCUGCAGCAGCUCUGCCCCGGCCCCGGCGUCCGGGACGCCGAGGAGGAGACCCUGCAAGACCGCCUGGCCCUCCUCGCCCGCCGCCGGGCCGCCGUCCACCUGCUGCGCGCCAGCGGUUUGGGAGAGAACCCGGCCGCUCGGCGGGACCCACUGGUAGAGACUCAGGCCGAGCUGCUGCUGCGGCGUCUGCAGGAGGUGGGCGAGGCCCGGGCGGAGGGCCCCCGCGCGCUGCUCAGCGGCCUGUGGGCGCGCUGGCCCCAGAACAGCUUCCUGGAGGUGAUAGCGGCCGCGCUGCUGCUGCCGCCGUCGUUGCCCCCCGGGUCCCCCCAAAAGGAGCUGGAACUGGACAGCCCCCAGGCCCCGGGAGAGCGGCGUCACGAGCUGGUUCAGUGGCUUCUGGGCCAGCCAGACACCAUGGCUGCUUUGUGCCACAGCCUCCCGGCCGGGCUUCUAACCUCGGUGGUGGGUCGCCACCCGGAGCUCGUCCCGGUCUACCUGGGUCUGCUGACCGACUGGGGCCGACGGCUGCACUACGAUCUCCAGAAGGGCGUGUGGGUUGGCGCCGAGGCCCGAGAGGGGCCCUGGGAGGAGCUGUACAGCCGGUUUCAGAGCCUCUCUCAGGCCCCCUCGCCCCUGAAAGAUGAAGCUCUUCGUGCCCUGGAGACUUGCAAGGCGCAGGAUGGAGGUUUCGAGGCCCCUGGCCUUAGCAUCUGGACAGACCUGUUGUUAGCUCUUGGGAGCGGUGCGUGAGGCUGCAUUUGGGGAAAGACAAGGUCCAGGUCUCAGCCAAGCCCAGUUCUAUAUGGGCAACAUUCUCUACUACUUGAACAUAUGGUUUACAGAAUUAAAAUGUCAGUGUUGCCACCAAAUCUAUACUCUCGUGUGUCCAAAAUACAUUUUAGGUACUAACUUGUAAUGGUGAUAUAUGAAAGACUGGUGUGUGGUACCAUGGGUUUUCUGGGUAGAGGAGAUGACCUUGGAAAUAUCCUAUUUAAAGCCAUGCAAUUAACAGUAGUUUAGAAGGACCAUUUCUAAGAAUGCUGAAAAGAUAGUACUUCGCCCUGGCCUGAGGCUCAGUUGGUUGGAGGUCGUCCCGUGUCCCAAAAGGUUGCAGGUUCCAUUCCGGAUCCGGGCACAUACUUAGGCUGCAGGUUUGAUCCCUGUCAGUAUGGGAAACAUCAGUGUUUCUCCCUCUCAAAAAAAGGCAAUAAAAACGAAACAUCCCUCAGGUAAGAAUAAAAAACAAACAAACGUAGUUCUCAAAGAAAAAACAGUUUUUGAACUCCCCAGUACUGAAGACUUUUCUUUGUGUUGUCAGAUAUGGUAACUCACAUCAGUCUAAUUUCUGUCCUCAAUACUAUGAAAUGACUCUUGUCAAGGUCACAAUUAUUUCCAUGAUGCCAAAUGCAAAGGAACGUUUUUCUUGUAUCAAAUUACUAGACUUUCCUGCAACUUCAGACAUUUUGACCCCUCCCUUUUAUUGGAACUAGGCUUGAAAUUCUAUUCUCAAAACCUGUGUGAUAUUACUUUAUCCUGGUUUCCUCCUACGUUUCUAGCUACUUUUUCUCAAUUUAAUUUUCUGGCUAAUUUCUCCCCUAAUCAACCUUUCCUGGGAUUUCUCAGAAUUUAAUAGUCUGGUUGCCAUGUGUUCUCAUCCAUUUAAAUACUACCUAUUGCACAAUUUGUAUCUCCAGCCCAGAGUUCCCAUCAGAGCUUCAUGACCAAUAUCCCCAUAUACAGUAGGUCCUCGGGUUACGUCGGAGAUCCGUUCCUGUGGGGCCACAUGACGUGAUUUUCGCUGUAAGUCUAAACCCACCUACAUAAGCACCUCUGUCACUCAUAUGGAGCACAUUCACAGCAGUAAUGAAGUGAAACAGUAAAAAAAAAUCAACAGAAAGAUAACAAUUCCUGACCUUUACUUGUGGUAAAUAAAUAAUAAAAAACAUAAAGCACAUAUGUACAUAUGUCGAAAUGACAGAAUUUUUUCUUUUUAUAAAUAAAUGGGAGAUGGCGACAUAACCAUGAAACGAGGUGCAUGGGAGUUGGACAUAACCCGAGGACUGUCUAAAUGUCUCACAAGCCACUCAACCAAACAUAUCCAAAACAAAUCUAUAUCCUCACUUAUACGCCUGCUUAUUCCCAUGUAUUUCUCAAUAAAUAGAAACUGGGAAUUAUCUUCAAAUAUUCCCUCUUUUCUAAUCCUCACAUUCCUUCCAUCAGUAUAUUUUUCCUUAUCUCCAUUUUUACUCAUCCCCCUAGUGUAGGCUAGGAUGACCAUAAAUUAUUGCUUGCUCAGGACAGAUUUGAGUUAUGCCUGUUGUCCUGGCAUAAUUAAUACAAGUGUCCCCUUUUAUUCCUGGUUUGGCUGAUAAUUUAUAUGGUCAUUCAUCCAUCAUAUCCCAGCCAGAUCACUGCAGUUAGCUGGUUUCUAUACUUUCUUUACUGUACCUCUACAAUCUGCCUCCACCUAACAGCUCAAGUAGUGGACUCCCAUAUUCACUGAGAAAUUUGAAGUAAUUGGAAGAGAACUUAAGCAGAUGUCUACUACUACAUCUAUCUAUACUAACAUAUCCACAUAAUUCAUCUUCUGUUUUUAGAGAUAAGGAAUUCCAUACUAAGCCAAUUUCUAUAGACUCCAAAAUAAAGGUCUUCUUUCAGUUCUUGGAAUAGGCUGAGCUUUUUUCUGUCUUAGAGCCUUUACUUUCAUUAAUCCUUAGCCAAGAAUGUUAUCACCCAUGUCCUUCACUGCUCAUUUUAAUUUCAUUUCUCACCAUAAUGCCUCUAUCUAAAUAUAUCACACUCUGUUUUCCUUCAGACCACCCAUUUUCCCAUUAAUUGUAUCCCAUAUUAGUGUUGAUGUGUGUCUGUCUUUUCCAUUAGAGUAUAAGCUCAGUGAGGACAAGACUGUCUGUGCUGCUUGAACAUCCAAGGCCCUCACAUUAGAAAC